AUUAGGAAAAGUCGAAUCUGUGAAAAUCUUGCCAACUUUACCGAGCUACAUCAGUCAGUAUGCUGGGCUUUCUGAUACUGGUGUGGAUGUGCAUCUUCCUCCUGUUCCUCUUCAUCCAGAUCCAGAGGCCUAAGAACUUCCCUCCAGGACCUCGUCCCCUGCCAUUAUUCGGGAAUUUGUUGGAGCUAAACAUCAACAAUCCUUUGAACGACUUUGAGAGGCUUGCAGAUCGCUAUGGGAAAGUUUACAGCUUGUACCUGGGAACUAAACCUUGGGUGGUUCUUAAUGGUUUUGAGGUUUUGAAGGAAGCUCUUCUUACUAAGGCUGUGGACUUUGCAGGACGACCGCAGGAUCUCAUGGUCAACCAUGUUACAAAAGAAGGCGGUGUCAUUUUGUCUGACUAUGGCCCCAGUUGGAAAGAACACAGACGCUUUGCUCUGAUGACCCUGAGGAACUUUGGCCUGGGGAAGCAGUCAAUGGAGGAGAGAAUUCUGGGAGAGGUUUCUCACAUUAUUGCCAAACUGGAAAAAAGAGUUGGAAGCUCCUUUGACCCUCAGACUAUGUUCCACAAUGCUGCGUCAAAUGUAAUCUGCAUUGUUUUGUUUGGAUCUCGUUAUGAUUAUGAGGAUGAAUUCCUCAAGCUUUUCAUUCAGCUCUAUACAGAGAAUGCAAAGUUUGCCAAUGGGCCAUGGGCCAUGAUAUACGAUACAUUUCCUAUGGUGAGAUGUCUGCCUUUGCCCUUCAAGAAGGCCUUCACAAAUGCCACCAAGGCCAGAGAAAUGAUCGCACAACUGAUCAAUGAGCACAAAAAUACAAGAGUCCCAGGAGAGCCAAGAGACUUCAUUGACUGUUAUUUGGAUGAGCUUGAUAAGAGAAGAAACGAUGGUUCCUCAUUUUCUGAAGCCUAUCUUAUCCGGUACCUUCUGGAUUUGCACUUUGCAGGGACGGAUACCACGUCCAACACUCUCCUCACUGCUUUUCUGUAUCUCAUGAACCAUCCAGAGGUUCAAGAGAGAUGUCAAAAAGAGAUCGAUGAGGUUCUGGAGGGUAAAGAUCAGGCAUCGUAUGAAGACAGACACAAUAUGCCCUACACACUGGCUGUGAUUCAUGAGGUUCAGCGAGUGGCUAACACUGUACCGCUAAGUGUGUUUCACUGCACCACCAAAGACACAGAGCUGAUGGGCUACAGCAUCCCAAAGGGAACCUUUGUUAUUCCUAACCUCACUUCUGUACUAAAAGAAGAAGGCCAGUGGAAGUUUCCUCAUGAAUUCAACCCAGCCAACUUCCUGAAUGAGCAAGGCCAGUUUGAGAAGCCUGAGGCCUUUCUGCCUUUUUCUGCAGGUCCUCGUGUGUGUCUCGGUGAGGGUCUUGCACGUAUGGAGCUCUUCCUGAUCAUGGUCACUCUGCUGCGCCGAUUCCAGUUUGUGUGGCCAGAUGAUGCGGGAGAACCAGAUUACACCCCAGUGUAUGGGGUGACCCUCACCCCCAAACCCUACAGAAUGCACAUCAGACGCAGAGAGACAGUCAGAUUCUGAUGAUUCUGACAGAUUUAUGUUUAAAUGAUGUGGUAAUAUUGUGAAAUACUUUAACAAUUUAAAAUAAUGUUUUAAAUGGGUCAUCGGAUGCUACAUGCACUUUACAAGUAGUUUGAACUGAAAUGUGUGU